AUGACUUCAAAUAUCGUCUACGAUGGGGUUCAACGUGCGGGCCAUGAACAGGAAGUAGCCAACACGCUAUUUGGUGGCCAGAAGCUAUGGUUUGCUCACACAGUUCCCCAACGAAAAUGGCUGAUCGAAAAUGCCCAGAACAAUGGUGCUGUCAUUGUCGCCAUGGACAAGGACGCCGAUGUGAGGCUCGUUGAUCACGCGAAAAAGAACAAUGCCCCGGGUACGCACUCUUACAGAUAUAUUGAAAAUUCCAUUCGAAUGGGUGCCCGAGACAAUCUGGCCGACCACGCGGUGGGUCUUGCCACACGUGUCUCCAGGCCUGUGGGUAGCACUACCACGGCCCCAAAACAUGGGAGGACUCCCUUCACGAAUGAAGACGACCAGCAAUUAUGGGAUUGGGUCAGGCCUCUUGAGGAGAGAGGAUAUCAGUGGAAAGGCAAUGAAAUCUAUAAACAACUGGAAAGUGUCAAUCCCAGACAUACCUUUCAGAGCUGGCGCGACAGGUAUAUCAAAAUUACCCGAUUCCAAAAGAGAACGACAAAUCCAGUCGCCGCCGAGGAGACUCACCCAACUCCAGAGCCAUCAACCUCUCAGAUCGGUCGUUGUGCGCAGCAGCGGAAGCGAGCAAGACAAGACCUAGACGAUCCCGAGGGAGGUGGGGAUGAAUCUCUGGCUCAUGAUACUCUCGACCCAACCAGUAUCGGAGAUGAUCGACGUGUGAGAAGGUCCCAUCAAAGUCCCAGUGACCCAUUACAUACUGUAUCCUCACUCUCCAAAGAGAAAGAUCUCAAGAGGAAAGACAGGUUAGAACGUCCAGCGAGCAAGAUAAGACGAGAGAUGCCUGUGGAACAUCCAACCCCUAAGGAAACCUCCAGGAUGAAAGACAUGUCAGAUCGAACUGGUAUCGUGACUGGAUGGGAAAUUCCCCCUAUCAUCGCACUUGGAGCGGAUCAACAGUCUUUUACCCUAGAUGAAGCGAAGCAGCUAUAUGACCUUGUUCCCCAGCUCACCAACUUGAGUGCUGAGAAUUUCGACGAAGCCUGGGACGCCGUGGCUGCUUCCCAAGACUGGGCAGGACAUACUCCUCAGGAAUGGAGAUUUUACUUCGAAAACUUCGUGCUGCCUGAGUACUGCCGGAACAACAAGCUACCUAUCACAGAGGCUGCUCCAUAUCUGAUCCGAGAACGGCAACUGAGCACAAGCACUCCCAAGCCAAGAGCAGUAAAGAAUCCUAGAACGGAUGCUGACCAAGUACAUGGCGACAUGAAAGAGUGUGGCUUCUGCCACGAAGUAAAGUCAGCCAGAUGGCACCUUGAUCAUAAAGGAAAUCGCGUCUGUACUAAGUGUGCCAUCUUCUUGAGAGUAGCAGGAGUUCCCAGACCGUCGACUUCCCAGGUCGAGGUAGUUGAUGAUUUGGAGGAUGGGGAUCUCUCAAGAAGUAUCCGCACUCCUCAGACAAAUACAACCAUGCGCCCUAUGACUGCACCAGCAUCCGACUACGUGCACCGUGGGACUUCACCAAUCACAUCGAAUCAGGAUCUAGAUGUAUCUGAAAAAGGAUCUCCUGAAUUUGGCAAGCCGAAGUCGCCUGUAUUUCGACCUGACUCUUCCUCGCUCGCUCGUGUCCCGGAGCCUAACGAGGCCAGAAAGCGAAGCACUGGGAACGGGAGCCAGUCACAAUCAACAUCGCAAGAGUCUACUAAGAGCGGUGCACAAGGACAAGGCACAAAGUUACAUGCGCAGCCAGAAUUAUCAGAAGCCUCAACUGAACCUCAAGUUUUGCCUUCAAAAAAUAGAACGAGAGAUAAACGUAGGCUACCUGAUGAGCCAGGAAAUCUCGACAUCCCAAUCCAAUCCUUGACGAGAUCAGAUCAGCUUCCUUCACAGCACCCUGCCAAUACUAGAAUGAUGGGUUUUAUCGAGAAAGAUGAACCCGCUGUUCCACCACUGCUUGAGGCAGCGCCGCAGCAAGACAACCAGGAAAUAUUGCUAUCAGAGUCUCUAUCAAAAGACGAUGAGGUGGAUGGGUUUGUCACUCACCCAGCGCGCCGAGGGGCAUCACAGGCAUUAAGUCUAACAAAAGAUCGGCAUGAAGCUCAGACGAGUCCGCUCAGUGUUCAUCUAAUGAGCGACAACAGUUCCAGAAGGGCCUCAAGAGGAUUGUCAGCGUCGCCCGAACCUCCAGCUCGCUCCACCACAGCUUAUAGUGAAGAUCCUCAGACAAGCACCAGGUUUGACAGGUUUGAGACCGCUCCGGAAACCCCCGACGGUUUCGAUAGUGCGGUGGAAGAACAACAACCUGGUCCGAGUGCAAGUCUGGCGAAGUGCAAGGAGCGGCGGGCCUCGACACAAGCUCUUUUCAACGAGAUCGGUGACAGCCUGGACGAGGCAUAUCUUGAUUUUGAACUUCCAGAACCAGAGGGGGGUUGGCGAGAGGUUCUUGGCUAUGAUCCCGAUCAGCUCGACCUUCAUGAGCUGCAUAACCAAGAACCUCGCCACCGGGAGAUAUCACGAAACAAGGUGAAAGGAAAAACAAAAUCCAAAGAAGAACCUCAACACGAUUCGGCAUUGGCGGACCUCCGCCUGCCCUCUUCUCCCAUUCAGAGGAGGCCUAAACCUGUGCCAACAUCAACACAAGAAUCUGGUGGACCUCAAACCUCGCGCUGGUUCGCUGAACAAGAGGCGAUCCACACGAGCAUCCACCGUCUCACAUUAAAACCCAUACUGUUCAAAGCCUUGGAAGCGACAAGCUUUGACUUUGAUCUCGCGAGCGAAGUUGUAGGCAUUGUUGUCAACCAAAUACCUCCAAAGUACAGGCGGCGAGACAAAUUCACACUAGGCCUGGAGGUCAGCAUCCCGCCGAACUUACCCGGGGUAUGGACAAACGAAGACGACAAUCUGCUGUUGAGCCACGACUCUGAGGAUUUGAAGACUGUCUGGAGAAAACAUGGCGAUGGCGCGUGUGAUGCCCGGUUUGUCUUUCUGGAUCAGUGGGUGGAAAGCUGA